UUUCCUUUCUUAAGCAUAUUUUCAUUUAUUUCUAUAAAUGAAAAUAUAUAAGCUUUUCAGGGCCAAGACCAACAUGGCCCAAGUUGCCCGACUCACAUUUUAUGUGUUUUUUUGUAAAUGGGAGAUCCAGAAAGCAAUUAGUCGUAUAUAAAAUAAUAGUAAAAAAAAAAACUUUUGCAAUACUGAACUUUUAAAAUGUAAACUAAAUAAGUUGAGAAGUUAAUAAAUGUAGUGUAAGCAUACCUGUUCUUGCUGUAGGAACUCUCUUUGUGGACCCUUAUGACAUUUUUAUCCUACAGAGGAAAAAUCUAAGCAAAAAACAUAAUAAUAAUAACAAAAACACUUGUAAACGUGUCUAGCAGUCUACCAAAUAAGAAAAUAGUACAUACAUUACUCAUUCCCUUAACAAUUUUGGGAAUACUUAGAAACCUUUGUGUUUCUCCUGUGUGUGGAGUUAGACUGAAUUUAAACAUUCAACAUGUUUCCUUCUCUUCCUUAUUGAGUUACUUCCUUUUCCAAGUAUACUUUUUCUUACUGCUUGCUGCAGUGAGUAACUCUUUGUCUUUCAAAGUGCUGUUGUAAAACUCUGAACAGGUCUGCUCAAAGUUGAGUGAUCAGUAGCUCACUCCUCGUGAGAUCAAUGGAGCAGCUGCUCCUGCAGUCACUCGAUUUGGUGGCCAUUCUAGAAAAUAUUCCUUUGACGUAUCCAGCGGGAUGCUCAGGAUGUGACUGAUGACAAAGUGAGAGUGUUAAGGCAGGUCAGCUUCUUUAAAGAGAGUCGCCUAUCUGGCAGGCACAGCUUUGGGCCGCUGCAGCUUUAAUUCAGUUAAGUAGCCACAGAGUUGGUCAUCUCGUCUUCGCGUGAAUUUGUCCCUGAAGUUAUUCAUGAUAGGAUAUAACUCAAUACGGAUGCUUUUAUCCCUCUCUGGUUUCUAUACAACUUGUUCAAAGAGUGAGAGCAUAUUGCAGAACAGAAGAUAGACCUUCACACAAUACCUCCUCCUUGAUCUUCCUCAGAUUCUUCACUGAGCUGCAACAAACCACGUAGUUGUCUGGGACACUCCUCCCCGUAUUUCGACCGAUGUUAAGACUUUGCUGCAGUCAAGGUUUGCAACAAAUGGGCGAUUGCUGGAUUUGGAGACAACCGCCUGGUUGUGACAUGUCGCUGAGUUUCCUGGAACUCGACAUCACAAAAACGGCAAAACUCUUUGAGUGACACUCUUCUUUUGGCUGAUGUGGAAAAGUAGCCGUAUAUUUUCAACACCACAUUUUCCACAUCCGCAGUGAGCUGGUCAAGACCAUGCUUCUCUGUGUUGGGCUGGUGAAGACGGAGUUGUGAAUUCCGACAUUGACAUGGGUGUUGUCCGCACUGAACGCUGUCACUUGACCAAACUAUAAACCAAAUUUUUUCAAGCAGUCGCACUGAUAGAGUGACUGCACUAUCAGUCCAAAUCAGCUGACUCAUCUGGAUUCGCUAUGAAAUCGAGCCUUUUGCUGGUGAUCUCACAUUCUGGAGUGAAAUGAAAUAUACUAUAUAUAUUUACACACACAUAUUCAUACAGCUAAAAAGACUCCAUAUAUACGUGUCUGUGUUUCCAUUAACCAUAAAAGUGCGCAAAUUGAAAUUACGAAAAUAAAUUAACUUAAUAGAAACAAGCAAAUUCCGAAACGUUUUUCGAUAAAAAGUUGAGGGAGUUUUUCCGUUUUUGUAUAAAAUCAGUCAAUCAAGUAUAUUUCUAAAGCAUUUCAGCAGUUCAAAGUGCUUUAAAACUCAUAAAACCCCCAAAAUACAACGUCAUAAAAAAACACCAUACAGUCAACAAUUGAAAAACCAAAAUAGAUGUACUCCGCAAAACUGUAAUGGAAAAACGUUUUUCCGCAUCACAAAUCACGUGAUGUUACUACAGCUGGAUGUUACUACAGGCAAAAAAGACAAGACGACGGAAAGUAGUAAGAGGAUGAUUGCUUCUUUUUUCUUUGUUUUUGGACAGUGUGCAGCUGGAUCUACCAAUAUACCAAAGCUCCCACACAGUUUAUAAAAAGUCAUGUGUCAUUCUAAUGUGUUGAAUACUUAACUGUUUUAUAAAAUUGCUGAUUACAAUUUACCCAAAACGCCACAUAUGUAGUCACUCUCAAAUAUAAGGAGCUUGUUGCUCUAAUGCCUGAAUAAGACGUCAACAUCUUGUCUCAUGGCUGCCAGAUGAUGAAUAUAUCUUAUGGAACUGUUAACAUCCUUGAUUCUUAGUAAAUUAUUGCGUGAACAAGCUUAUUCAAGUGUGAUUUUAAUUUAAUUUCUUAUUUAACCUUAACAUGCAACGGAUCACCCGUGUUCCAUUUGUCCAUUGUAUUUUCAGGGAGCGAGAGUUAAACAGAAACACCGCAAAUGCAAAAAUUGGGCUUUUUCGACAUUAGCAGAAAACCAACAAACUCCAUGACUCCAUGACGUGGCUGUAUGUUUGUCCGCAUGCUAAACUGGGAACUGUAGAUCUUAAUCCUAGGUAAAAACUGUCCUUGUUAAGGCUGGUUUAUUUGCAUCAGGAUCUGCCAACACGUAUUUUACGUUGUGUGUUUGUGUGUACCAGAUCAGCCGCUUUUAGAUUAUGCUAAUGCUCCACUUCCCCCUCUGUGCGUCAUGUUCAACUCCAGUCAGCUCUUUGCAAAGUGAAUUAUUUCCAUGUCCAUUUCUGAACUGCAUAUGGAUCGGAUUAUUUCCAAAUCAAGACUAAUCCUUCUUGGUGAUUCACUUGAUGCCUAAAGGGUUUUAUCAGUCAAUCAUGCUUCAGUGGCUGAGCUGUCCCUGGAGCGCUCCAAACUGUCUGCUGUUUCCUAGCCAUGCAGUCGCCCUCGCUGUGAUGCUUUGCAUAAACAGACUUUUUUUUUUAUUGAAGGCUUCACUGUAACAGAGUACAGUGCAGCAUCACGAUGAAGAGUUUCCUGCUGGCAGCCUGGAUUCUAUCAGCCUUGCUCAGUUUUUCCUUGUGCCAGGAACGUCAGUACUACUUUGUCAAAGAGUCCCUGAACUGGGAUGAGGCUCAGAUAUACUGCAGAAAGCACCACACGGACCUGGCUACCAUCGGAAACUCUAAAGACGUGAAGCAAUUCCUCGACAUCGUUUCGUCUGCUGAUGACGACGUCUGGAUCGGUCUGUACAGCAAUAUCAACUGGACGUGGUCUGGCCUACUGAACAGUGUCGGGUCCCAGUACAGAAACUGGGAGAGUUCCGAUUACGAUCCCGACUUUAUUUCAGCCAAUCAGUUCUGUGUGUGCAUUGGAGACAAUGGAGGAUGGUGGGACUACGAUUGUGCGAAAAAAUUCCCAUUUGUUUGUUAUAACGCAGGUACGACUGAGUUUGUGGCUGUAGAUGAAGCAAUGAGUUGGUCCAAUGCUCGGACGUACUGCCGGCACAACUUCACAGACCUGGCCACAAUCGGGAACAUCAAAGAAAACCAAUGGGUUCAAACCCUGGUACCGACUGGAUACUGGGCAUGGACUGGUCUAUAUAGAGAUGAAAACAAUUACUGGUCUGAUAAGAGUAGCUUCAGGUUCAGCAACUGGGAUCACAUAUCGAAUGUUAUUGGUUCCGACGCACGGAUAUGUGGAGCUACGUCUAAGGCAAGAUCUGCAAAAUGGAAGUUUUUACCCUGUCAAACACGACUGCCGUUUGUGUGCUACUCGUUCAAAGUGAUGAAGAGAAUAGUGAAGAUAAAACUGACAUCAACAGGUGCUUUGAAUCUGAGUGACCCCGAACAGAAAGCCCAACUCCUGAGCAAGCUCCAGGAAAAAUUAAGCGAAAGUGCAUCGUUGAAGUUCGUUGAGCAGCCAAAGAAGGACAAGAAAAAGACUGAAUUGUAGAAUAUACACUACAGAUUUCCACUCUUCUUUUGGAGACAGUUUAGUCACAUGUGACUCGUGAUCUGCUGGACUUCUAAUGUACAGUAAAGACACUUUAGUCUUUCUAACAGUGACCAUUCAGUAAGGUAUUCUUUUGAAUUUGAAUGGCUCUCCGUAGUUAGCAUAAUUCAAAUCUGGAUGGAAGCCAGUAACUUAUUUGAAAUGUGAAACUAGUAUGUUAUUUUAAUCUCAUUAUAUACAGACAAUAUAUUUAAAAGAUUCAUUUUUUUAUUUCUCUUUGAUUUUCACUGAAUAAUCACAAAAACCCAAAUUUCAGUUUCUUAUCAAUUCCCUUAGAGCUGAAAAGAACAAUCUGCAUCAGAAACUGGCAGAGGAGUUCUCUUUGCUGCAACAGGAAUCAUAAAAGCUACAUAGUGCAGCUAUAAUUUCUCUUAUGAGGGGACAAGUCAAGAGGGACAUGGGAAUAAAUGCAAGCUAAAGCAGGACUGUCUGGACUGGCUUCAGGCCAGACAGGAGGUUGGGUUUUUUUAUUAUCAUUUUUAUAAAGAUUGUUUGAAUUUCUGUCAGUAAUAAAUAUAUUUUUGUUGUGUAAUUCUAAAAAAACCAAAGUGAGAGAAAUGCCUAUACACUCCCUGGAAUGAAGCUAACUAGCUUGUCACUAAGCACAGUGUUGCUCACCUUUUUCACUGGGACAAAAGAGGAGUUCUGCUGGUAUCGGGUCUAGAGCUGCUGCUGACUGGUUCCUCUGUUGUUAAGUGUUGUAAAAGGUGCAGGUACAAGUUAAAUAUAUGGAUAUGUUGGUAAUUCUUUUCCUGUCGUUCAUUAAAUGCUAGAGAAAUGGAGGCAAACAGUAGUCUGUAGCUAAGCUAACUAUGCUAAAUGGUUGAUAAUCUCACGGUCUACUCACCUUUCUUGGAGAAAAACGGCUACAAAUUGACACUCUUGUCUUUUUUCUCUCUCUCUUCCUUUGAAAACGUGACUUUAUAUAUUGUUUGGCAGCAUAGUUACUGCCACAGUCGUUUUUGACUUGUUCUAACUGCUGCUGACCACAGUCACCGUGAAGCGCGCUAAGCAGGAACGAACCAUUUCAUGCAGAUCCGG